GAAAAGAUUAGAUCCUUGGAGCGACCUAGAAGGAUUAGAAGUGCUUAAGCGUUUCUUCGAAGUAGCCGAAAACUUCUGUCGGAUCUGGAAGCUCUCUCUUUCUCUUGUUUCUUCUCUCUCCCGCUUAACGCUUCUCUGCUUAUUUCUUCUUUCUUCUGGAUUUUUCAAACUUUUUUUUUUUUGGGUUUCCCGUUGCUGCUUUUUGUUGAUCACGGAAGCUUCUCUUUGAUGGAGCUGCAAAGCCAGCUAAACUUUGAUUUGGAUCCCGGUCCUGUUGAUCAAUCUAUAUUGGUAUGGCAACAUGAGCAUAGAUCAGCUGCCAUAUGGGAAGAUGAGGUUCCUCCUCGUGAAUUGACAUGCCGGCACAAGUUAUUGGGCAUGCGAGAUUGGCCUCUGGACCCUCUUGUGUGUCAAAAGUUGAUCGAGUUUGGUCUUUAUGGAGUGUACAAGGUUGCGUUUAUACAGCUUGACUAUGCUCUGAUAACAGCUCUUGUAGAGAGGUGGAGACCUGAAACGCAUACUUUUCAUCUUCCUGCUGGAGAGAUCACAGUGACUUUACAAGAUGUGAAUGUAUUGUUGGGUCUCCGUGUGGACGGACCUCCCGUAACCGGUAGUACAAAAUACAACUGGGCUGAUCUGUGUGAGGACCUGCUUGGACUCAGACCAGGUCCCAAGGAUCUACAUGGUUCUCAUGUUUCCUUGGCAUGGCUGCGUGACAAUUUCAGGAAUCUACCUGCUGACCCUGACGAAGUUACGCUGAUGUGUCACACUAGGGCUUUUGUAUUAGCCUUGAUGAGUGGUUUUCUUUACGGGGAUAAGUCCAAACACGAUGUGGCUUUAACGUUUCUCCCUCUGCUUAGGGACUUUGGUGAAGUGGCUCAGCUUAGUUGGGGCAGUGCUACUUUAGCACUUCUCUACAGAGAGCUGUGCCGGGCGAGUAAGAGGACUGUUUCUACCAUUUGUGGCCCUCUUGUUCUGUUGCAGCUAUGGGCAUGGGAACGACUGCAUGUUGGUCGUCCAGGAAGACUUAAAGAUGUUGGUGCUUCGUAUAUGGAUGGCAUAGAUGGUGCUUUACCAGAUCCAUUAGGCUGUAGGUGGAGGGCUUCUUUGAGUCAUAAAGAGAAUCCUCGUGGAGGACUGGAUUUCUACAGAGACCAAUUUGAUCAGCAGAAAGAUGAGCAGGUCCAGAGAGUUGCAGCCAUUCAUGCUCGAUCUAAGGCUUCGCUUGAAGAGGAACUUACUGUUGACACCGCGAGGCAAACAUUACAAGAUAUCGUUGAUAUGUGUGCAGGCGCCCUUCAACUCAACGCACCUUUAGGCUCAUUAUCUAAUGGCUCUGUUGCCCAAGCUCCAACUCCAGGACCAUUUAUCAUGUUACCUCAACCUUUACCUACAAUAAUAUCGCAAAAGCCUUUGAAUGAAAUGGGAAUAGAUGAUGGUCUCUCGGCAGAACCUUUGGAAGGGAUUGCACCUGUUCAGGAUAUAGGAUGUGAGCAGUCUUUACCUUCAGUUUCACAAAAACCUCUUUUCUGGCCUUCAGGAGGGAAGCUAACUUUCAGUUGGAUUUGUGAAGUCAUGUUGAGCUUUGAUUGGUCUUCGAGGAACCUCCCACCUAUUGAAUUCUCGAGUGUUCUGCCUUUUAACGUCUUGGAUGAGCUUGUUACCUCUGUUUCCAAAAUCCUGAAAAAGGAGCCAAACUGCGUUAGGAUAGAUAGUGACAAAGCAAAAGUCGUUGUGGUCGGAGAUCUACAUGGGCAGCUACAUGAUUUGAUGUUCCUUAUGCAGGAUGCAGGAUUCCCAGAUGGUGAUCAGUUCUAUGUGUUCAAUGGGAACUAUGUAGACAACGGAGCAUGGGGUUUAGAAACAUUCUUACUUCUUUUAUCAUGGAAGGUGUUUCUACCUGAUAGAGUGUAUCUUCUACGUGGUAGUCACGAGAGCGAGAGUUGUACAUCACUGUAUGGAUUUAAAAAUGAAGUAUUAACCAAGUAUGGAGAUAAAGGAGCAGUUGUCUACAAAAAGUGCUUGGAAUGCUUCCAGUUACUCCCUUUGGCUUCUGUGAUUGGUGGGAAGAUCUUUACAGCUCAUGGAGGUCUUUUUCGUGAUGUCUCAAGGUUUCUCUCAGAGAAACAAGAACGAAGCAGAAAACGUAAGCGAACUCAGAAAAAGCAUGCGGAUGCUACUGUUCUUGAGACUGAGAAUAUAUCUGAGUCCUUGCUUCUUGGCUCGUUGAAGGAUUUAACUAAAGUGAAAAGACGUGUUAUCGAUCCUCCUGCUGAAGGUUCAAACCUGAUUCCUGGUGACAUUCUUUGGUCAGAUCCAUCGAAGGACACGGGCCUCUUUCUAAACAAAGAGAGUGGCAUUGGUUUGUUGUGGGGUCCUGAUUGCACUGCGAAGUUCCUGCAAGAAAAUGAUCUGAAGUUGAUCAUUAGAGGGAAGGAAGCUCCUGACAAAAGGGCAAAACGAGAUGGUCUUCCAUCAAUGAGUGAAGGAUAUGCAAAAGACCAUGAAGGGCUUAUAACUUUGUUUAGUGCUCCUGAUCAUCCUCAGUUUCAGGACACAGAGGAGAGACACAACAACAAAGGGGCCUACAUCAUUUUGCAAAUCCCAGAAUAUGAGGAGCCUGAAAUUCAUGUGUUUGACGCAGUAUCUACGAGACCAAAGGCUGAGGCGUACUAUGACUACAGAGGCCUGAUUCAUUCAGCUGGAAAUUUAGUGCACGGUAAUACUAAUUCUGUUGAUUCACCAUCCUUAGCGCCUGAUGACAAAGAUAGUUUAAUAUCUUCUGAGAAUGUAGAACAUAAGUCCAUGGAUCUCUCUGAAUUGAUGGAGGUUGAUGAAAAAGAUGACCUUGAUUCCAAGUGCUCAGAGUCUAGAACUGACGAAGUUACAGCUUUUGAAACUCUAGCAUCAGCUGAUAAAGAUAUGGUUGAUUCUUCAGAGAAGACUGGAAAUGGUUCCAAAGAAGCUGACCAUUCCGAAACUGCAGAGACUAGUAAAGAUUUUUCGGAUAUGGCUGAAAAACUAGAAUCGGGACCCUCUAAAGCUAUUGAUCUGGAACCGCCACGAGCUAGCGAUCUGCAUGUGACAGAGAAAGCCGGAGACAGUGAACCAAUGGCAGUUGAUGAAAUUGCUGGCGAAUCUGAAUCCAGAACUGCAGAAGAAAAUGAUGCAGAAGCCUCUAACUCUACUAAGAUUUCGGAAGAGAAAGCAGAAAAGGGAAGAAAGAGCGACUCUCUUGAGGUGUCACGUAAUGUAAGUGAAGAACCAAGAGUAGAUGACUGCAACACCACUGGUGAUGCAAAAGUGGAAUUAGAAAUCACAUAUGAUGAGAAACCGGAGAGUGCAGUAACUGAAAUCACAGAAUGUACGAUUGACAGAAACAGAGACAUAGCCACCGAUGGUGCUGAGAAAUCAGAACUUUCAACCAGCAAACUCAAUUAUUCAGUGCCCAGUGAAGAUAUGGUUGAUUUUAAUAUGGAAGACAUAGCCACCGAUUGUGCUGAUACUGAUCCGGGGACUGUAAAUGGUGGGAUCAACGCAGACUGUACCGGUUUAUCCAAAUGUCUAACCAGCAAGCCAGGUGGGUCUGAGCCAGUGGUGGCGGCUCAUGAAAAGCUUUCAAAUAGUGGAGAGUGUGCAGAUAAGCCAGUGAGAGUAAUCAAACUGGUUACCUAUUCUAAGCGCAAGUCAUCUGACAGAAAACACAUGGUUGAUUCUAGUGAAGAACCCAAACAGAAGACCAAUGAUGCUGUUGAUUCUAAGACCAAGGGUGCUCUUGUCUGAUUCUCGCUGAUUCCAUGCGAGAUGAUGAGCCGCCAAAUCUCUUUGGAUGUGUCCUCAAAGUCAAUGUACAGAGCUGGUCUCUCAAAUCCAUCUUAACCGGAUCCGGUUUGCUAAUUUAAGUUUAGAUGUUAGAGAGUUUGAUUAGUCGGUAGGGUGGUGAUGUAAACCAGUUUAUCUUUUUCUUGAAUUUAGUUUCCUCAAUCACAGUUUCUCUGUACUUACAGAUUUUAGUUAGGUGUGGACUUUUGUAUUAUUUUUUAGAAGUGAGUAAGAAAUAAAAUGUGUUUUUUGAUCAUCGUUGCUUGCUGAAUCUGAGCCGAACCCGGAUUAUUCAUAAAAACAUAAAUGCGAG